AUGUUUUCUCCACCUGUUAAUAGUGGGAAAACCAGACCAACAACGCUGGGAAGCAGUCAGUUCAGUGGAUCAGGUAUGGAUGAACGAGGAGGUACGACAUCUUGGGGAACAAGUGGUCAACCAAGCCCCUCUUAUGACUCAUCUAGAGGUUUUACAGACAGCCCUCAUUACAGUGAUCACUUGAAUGACAGUCGAUUAGGGGCCCAUGAAGGCUUGUCCCCAACACCUUUCAUGAACUCAAAUCUGAUGGGAAAAACGUCAGAGAGAGGCUCAUUUUCCCUGUACAGCAGAGACACCGGAUUACCAGGCUGUCAAUCUAGUCUCCUGAGACAAGAUCUAGGGCUUGGGAGCCCAGCACAGCUGUCUUCUUCAGGAAAACCUGGAACACCAUACUACUCGUUCUCUGCUACAAGUUCCAGGAGAAGGCCACUCCAUGACUCUGCAGCACUUGAUCCUUUGCAAGCAAAGAAAGUCAGAAAGGUGCCUCCUGGUUUGCCUUCUUCAGUAUAUGCACCAUCCCCAAGUUCAGAUGAUUUCAACCGUGAAUCUCCUAGUUAUCCAUCUCCCAAGCCACCAACCAGUAUGUUUGCUAGCACUUUCUUUAUGCAGGAUGGGACCCACAAUUCUUCUGACCUUUGGAGUUCAUCAAAUGGGAUGAGCCAGCCUGGUUUUGGUGGAAUUCUGGGGACCUCCACUUCCCACAUGUCUCAGUCCAGUAGUUACGGCAGCCUUCAUUCACAUGACCGCUUGAGCUAUCCUCCACACUCAGUCUCACCAACGGACAUAAACACGAGUCUCCCGCCAAUGUCUAGCUUCCAUCGUGGCAGUACCAGCAGUUCGCCAUACGUUGCUGCCUCACACACUCCUCCCAUCAAUGGAUCAGAUAGCAUUCUCGGAACCAGAGGGACUGCCGCUGGAAGUUCACAGACAGGUGAUGCACUUGGAAAGGCUUUGGCAUCUAUUUAUUCUCCUGACCAUACCAGCAGUAGUUUUCCAUCAAACCCAUCAACACCAGUUGGAUCACCCUCACCUCUCACAGGUACCAGUCAGUGGCCCAGACCUGGAGGGCAAGCUCCUUCAUCCCCCAGCUAUGAAAACUCGCUCCACUCCCUGAAAAAUCGAGUUGAGCAGCAACUUCACGAGCAUUUGCAAGAUGCAAUGUCCUUCUUAAAGGAUGUCUGUGAGCAAUCUCGAAUGGAGGAUCGUUUAGACAGACUGGAUGAUGCUAUCCAUGUGCUGCGGAACCAUGCCGUUGGACCGUCCACCAGUUUGCCUGCUGGUCACAAUGAUAUACACAGUUUAUUGGGACCAUCCCAUAAUGCACCAAUUGGAAGCCUCAAUUCAAACUAUGGUGGAUCAAGCCUUGUUACAAGCAGUCGAUCUGCUUCAAUGGUUGGAACUCAUCGAGAAGACUCUGUCAGUCUCAAUGGCAAUCAUUCAGUCCUGUCUAGUACAGUCACUGCUUCAAGCUCAGAUUUGAACCACAAAACACAAGAAAAUUACAGAGGUGGCUUGCAAAGUCAGUCUGGAACUGUUGUUCCAGCAGAAAUCAAGACUGAAAACAAAGAGAAAGAUGAAAACCUACAUGAACCUCCUUCAUCAGAUGACAUGAAAUCAGAUGAUGAAUCCUCCCAAAAAGAUAUCAAGGUUUCAUCUAGAGGCAGAACAAGCAGUACUAAUGAAGAUGAGGAUUUGAACCCAGAACAGAAGAUAGAAAGGGAGAAGGAAAGGCGUAUGGCUAACAAUGCCAGAGAACGUUUACGUGUGCGGGAUAUUAAUGAGGCAUUCAAAGAGCUUGGUCGAAUGUGUCAGCUCCAUUUAAAGAGUGAAAAACCCCAAACAAAACUCCUUAUUCUUCAUCAGGCCGUGGCAGUCAUCCUUAGUCUAGAACAGCAAGUCAGAGAGAGGAACCUUAACCCCAAAGCAGCCUGCCUUAAGAGAAGGGAAGAAGAAAAAGUUUCUGCCGUAUCGGCAGAGCCGCCAACCACACUGCCAGGAACCCAUCCUGGGCUUAGUGAAACUACCAACCCUAUGGGUCAUAUGUAA